UAGCACGUGACCCAGAUGACGCAGGAUCAGGAAGUGGACAGACGCGGCUCCUGAUGACACAUGAAAGGUAAUGUGGAUGAACACGAUGGGACUCGAACUCAUCCACGUACAGCUCACAAAGUGACACGGCUCCCGGUGUCCGCGGGGUUUCAGUGCGAACCUCACAUGUACGCACACUGUCAGUUCUGAGCUCUGACAGUCGGUGUCUUCUACCACUUCUACCUCAGCCGCCAUCACCCGACACAGAGCAGAUAUGACGAGGAGCCUCGGUGGGUUGUUGUUCAGAGGCGUCCACAGCCUCGCCACUGUCCCGGCCGUGAGGACUCAGCUCGGUCACCUUGCUUCCGGCGGCCCGAUCAGGACCGUGAUGACGCUGCCGUCAUUUCUUUCCCCCAAGCCCCGGGACUUCAGCCUGCCCAACUCCUCUUGGAGCUCAGAAAUGUUGCGGUUGCACGAGCAUUACAACAGCCAGUGCGGGGGGGAGAUGGAGGAAGGAGAGGAAGACCGGGGGCUUUGGCUGAGACUGCCAAGCUACAAUCGCUCCCUCAAGUAUGCUACAGGUGGAGUUUACCUCAGUAAGAUGGUCCAGGCAAAUGCUCGUCUUUUCACCCGUAACAGCCGAGAGCAGGGGGCAGGAUUUGAAUACGUUGUGUUUGUUAACAAAAAGGAGAACAGGUGCGUGUGCAUUUUCCAGGCUGGACACCUUCUGGAGGGACCACCAGGUUGUGUCCACGGGGGGGCGAUAGCCACUAUGAUUGAUACCGUGACAGGGACUCAUGCCAGUGUAGUGUCCAGACCUGUCAUGACCGCCAACCUCAACAUCAACUACCGCAGUCCCAUCCCACUUGGAAACACAGUGUUGAUUGAAUCCCAUCUGGAUUCAAGGGAAGGCAGGAAAAUGUUUAUUUCUUGUAAAGUCACCAGCACUGACGGCUCAAAACUGCACACAGAAGCAACAGCACUGUUCCUGUCAGUCAAUUUCAGUCAUCUAUUGACGGGAGGAUGACACGGAGCAGCAACACCUUCCCAAACCUCAACAGCAGUGUGAGAGAGAGACAGGAUGUGUGAGUGUAUUACUGAUUUGCACUGUUAUUGCCUUUGCCAGAUGAUUUUAUAUAUAACUUAUUUUUGAAGAUUUACUAAUCAUUUGUAUUGGUUUUUAUUUGUCUUACACACUAGUAUGUACCCUACUUGACCUCCACUGCUUAGUGUUGUUUUCAUAUCAUAUACCUCAUAUAUAUCAUCCAUAUUUGAAAUGUGUUGAUUCAAUUAAAUGUUAUGUAUUAUUGCAUCUUGAGGUGACAAUAGAUUAAAAAAUGUACUGUACCCAAAGCUUUUGUUUAUUCUAAUAAAUCCUUACUUUAGGGUUUUAUAUAAAUCAGGUUUUUAUUUGUUUGUCAAAAAAGGGGAAUUGCAGGUACUACAAAUUGAAUUGUAUCCUCCUGAGAUUUAGUUUUUAAAAAACUGGGAUUGCUCUCUGUCAUAUGGAAAUCUUAACAUGAGUAUGAUUAAAAACUUACAAAGAAACAUUUGAUAACACUAAUUGUCCAGUUUUAAUUGAAUAAAAAAAAUAUUCAGUCAAUGACUCUGAAUGGUGUAGAGGAAAGUGGUAAACUGCACAAGUAAAACAAGUUCAGGUCACCAAACAGUGAAAAGUCAGGCCAAUUUCAUGCAUUACAAAAUCUGUGACCUUGUAGCAACAUAUUUUUGAAACAAUUUUCGGAGUAACUUUUUACAUCAAGUUUCAUUUCUAUUUUUACAAGAAUGUUAUAAGGUUUUUUUUUGCUUCAACUUCCCACUGAGAUUUUGGUUACAUCUGUUAAAUUUCAAAAAAAGUACAUUUCAUUUUCAUGAAAUGUCCUUUUUUCAUGUAACAUAAAACUAGGUACUAGAUCAUGUUUUUCAUCAGAUCGUUUGGUUCACACAGUCUGACACAGAAAUGACUGAAGUGUUCCAUAAUAAGUAACACUGUCCACAUCACAGAGAUCUGUGUUGCGCUGGCAGCUACUGUAGACCACAGUGUUAAAAAAGUGCGCCUGUCACAGACACCUGGAAACAUACAGAGCUCCAACUUCUUUAUACCACUCUGACUUUCUUUUACACAUGACUAUGACAGAUCUGAAUGUGACUGUAAUGUUGAUUUCUCUAUCAUUUUUCUGUUUGCAUUGUGCUUAACGUGUUGUCAGAAGGAAUAAAUAAACUUCACAAAUUUAUACAACUGGCUACACAGCAAUUCAACAAACAAUAAAAUGAUAUAAAAUAGAAAA